AUGCGUUUAUCUCCAGGCCUCCUUCUGGCCGGUGCCUCGGGUGCCUUCGGCCAGUUCACGAGGUUCACCAACUCUAGUACCUUUGCUGUUGAGUCCACCACCACUUCUAUCAGGGACACCACUAGCCUCGACACCACCACGACAACUUCAGCGUUGCCAACAGAGGCGGAAUUCACUCUUAAUCUCAAAAACGCCGUACUCGGCCCAGGUGCAUCUUUCUACCCACCCCCAGAUGGUGACAGCAUCCUCCUACGCCCAGGAUCAUCCCGUGGUGCCCGUGUCCGUCGCCAGGAAGAUGAUACAUCUUUGCCUACUUUAGUCCCUGGGACCGCACUCCCUCCUUUCCCCUCUGGCCUGCCUCUCCCCGCCUUUUUCACAAUGCCUUUCAGCGUCCCAUCUAACAUCUGGGACCCAUUUUCCCCCUUGGGACCUCUAUUCCUUGUAGUUUCGUCUGUUAUUUAUGACUCUGACUUUGACCGCAAGCGAGCUGAGGCAAGUGAUUGCGUUCUCGAAGUACUUGCUGACGGUGUUGUCGUCGCCGUUGAACCAAUCAACUCUUCAUCCCAGGGUAGUGUUGAAAUCUCGAGUAACCCCUUCAGAGCUCCACGGGAAGUCGAGUUUACUUACCGUCAGACCUGUGGUAGCAGUAGCAGGAUUGUUGGGGCAAUAGUUAACAACGUUGUUGCCAAACUUGCUCCCGAGGGUGCGACUGCGACUCCUAUCCCUUCAAUUCCCAUCAGGACUGAACCUGUGACUGGCACCAACAGCGAGGGGGUUACUACCAACAGUGAUGGCGAGACUGUUGUCCCUACCGGAACCAAUAGUCAAGGUGCCACUACCAACUCUGAGGGAGAAACUCUCAUUCCUACUGAUACUGCCAUCAACACCAAUAGUGAGGGUGCUACCACUAACAGUGAAGGCGAAACUAUCUUUCCAACUGAGGCUGCUACUGAGACUGCCGUUGAGACCAACAGUGAAGGUGCUACUACCAACUCCGAGGGUGAAACCGUCAUCCCUACUGGAACCGCUACCGGAACCGCUACCAGCACUGUCUCUUCUGCUUCUUCUACAGCCUCAUUCCCUGCUGGAUUCCCCGGCGACAUCGGUCUCUUUAGCCUCUUUGGAUGUGUCGGCUCUACUGCGGGCUUCCCUAGCUUCACUCUCGCCCAGUCCAGCGAGUCUAUGGACUUGGAAAUCUGCGCCGAUCUCUGCACCGGACGUGCUUACUUUGGUGUCUAUGAUACUGCUUGUUAUUGCGGUGAUGUGAUCUAUGCUGCUGAUACCAGUAGAGUCACCCUUGAUCUAUGCGAUAUUGAGUGUCCUGGAGAUGAUACCCAGUUCUGUGGAGGUGAUGCUCGUAGCGCAAAGCUCCACCGUCGUCAGAAUGUUCCCAACAGCCGCCUUCUCACCGUCUACGCUGCUGCCGAGGCUGUUGUCACUGUCACUGACUCUGUUACACAAACCGUAACGGAUCAAGAGAUUAUCGUCACCACUUACACAACGACCAUUGCGGGAGCUUUGUCUACGACAACCCAAGCUGUCACCGCCACUCUAGUAUGCUUUGCUGGUAAAUGCUAUUCUAGCAGCUCCAGCGACGUUACUGUCUAUAUCUUUAUCGAGAUCAAUGGAAGCGAUUGUAACGGACAGUGGGUUUAUAUCUCCGAGCCCUGCUCCUGUGCUGGUGGCCAAAGAUAUGUUCCAAAGUUCUGCUCUGGAGGUAGCUGUUCUGGCAUUACAGUCUACAAGCCCCAAGAGUGUCAUGACUGGUAUAACUAUAGCAAUUUCUUUGUUGCAUCAGACUGUGAUACCUGUGCUAAGGGCAAGAUCAUGUAUCAGCCUUGGGAGAAGUUUUGGGGUACGCCUGAUAACUGCAACGGCGAUGUUCCAGUUUGCAAUGGCCACGAGUGUCCUUCGCAGCACAACGGUGGAUCUCAGCAUGGUGGUCAUAACGGCAAGUCGAACUCGACUGCUCACGGAGGCUCAAAUAGUGGCUCCAACAGUGGUUCAAAGAGUGGUUCAAAGAGUGGUUCCAAGGAUAGUUCCAACGGCGGCUCUCAGCCCAACUCUAACGGUGGUUCCAGCUCCGGUUCUAACCAAAGCCCCAACGGCUCCAAUGGUGGCGGUCCCAAGGACACAGAACCCACCAUCGUACCUAUUGUCAGCGGGGCUGGUAAGCAGGCUAUUGGUAUGCUUUGUCUUCUUUCUGCAAUCGCAGCCCUUGUUUAA